AUGGGUCCCGUAAAAGUGUACAAGUGUUUGUCGAUAGCCGACAAACAAAAAGUGAUCGCAGCAGUUGAAGCAGCUUCUACGCUUUUAACAAUACUAAAACAAAAGGACCAUCUUACAACAUUAAGACAGAAAAAAUGUGAGUACCCCGAUCUGGAAGAAUGUCUUAUGGCUUGGUUUACUCAAAGUAGGCAAAAUAAUAUUCCAAUAUCAGGACCUAUUUUAAAAGAAAAAUCUAAGUUGUUUGCUACCAACUUAGGUAUCACAAAUUUUCAAGCUAGUGAGGGUUGGUUAGAAAAAUUUAAAAAACGUCAUGAUUUAACUUUCAAAAAAGUAUGUGGAGAGAGUGCAAGUGUUGACCCGUGCAUUUCACAAGAUUGGAAAAAUGAGUUAAUCAAUCUAUUGGUUGAUUAUGAUGCUAGGGAUAUUUUUAAUGCCGAUGAGACCGGACUUUUUUAUAAAUGUUUACCAGAUCGCACUUAUUGA